AUGGAUGAAUUGGAAAAAGCAAUUGCCAUUCAACUCGAUCCAACGAAGGUCACAGAAGCAGAUUUGAGAGCUGCACAAGCGUACACCGCCCAAGUCGUUGCCUCGCCGGAGGGGUUGCGAUUUUGCUGCGAGAAGCUCUUCUCCUCACAAUCGCCCCAGGUCAAGUUCUUCUGCUUGCAAGUGCUGACAGAUGUAGCCAAGAACAGGUAUGCCACUCUCGCCCCGCCCGAGAAGACCGGGCUGCGAGAGGUCCUCAUCAAAUGGAUCCGAGAACACCUGGUGCAGCACCAGGACGAACAAGCAGCUAUUAAGAACAAGCUGGCCUAUAUCCUGGUGCUCUUCUUCAAGCAGGAUUACCUGGCGCAGUGGCCAACCUUCUUCUCUGAGUUGUUUGGCCUCUUGCAACUGGGACCUGUGGUGAUCGACAUGUUCCUGCGAAUCAUCAAGACCAUCGACGAAGAGGUCGUGAGCGUGGAAGUGCAGCGGUCGGCAGAAGAGCACACGCACAACAUUGCGAUCAAAGACCGUAUGCGCGACGAUUGCAUCAACACCAUGGUGGAGAUCUGGUAUCAGAUCUUGGUGACCUACAGAACCAGCAUCCCCCAGCUGACGCGCGAGUGUCUGGCAGUCUUGAGGCCGUACAUCACGUGGAUCGAUCUGUCGUUGAUCGUGAACGAGAAAUUUAUUCCUUUCUUCUUCGAGUGCCUGCCCAACGUUCAAUUCAGGCGAGAAGCGUGCGACUGCAUCACGCAGGUCGUCGCCAAGGGCAUGCCGCCCCUGCAGAAAUUGGACCUUCUGGUUCGACUCAAGGUUCUUGAGCUGGUCAAUUCAGCUGCGACGGACGAUGCCCAAUACAAGGUGAAUGUGGCGAAACUGUUGAACGAGUCGGGAGUGCAACUGGUGACUGCCUACGCAAAGGGGCAAGUCAAUGAACAGGUGGAGGCACAAGCGAAGCAAAUUGUAGAUAGCGCGCUGGUGCUGUUGUGGAAGUGGAUGAGCGAUGCCGACAACAACGUCGCUUCGGUGGUGCUCGGCUUCGUGCAGGAAUAUCUCAACAAGGUGAAUCCUCGACCCUUGAAACAUGCGACGACUCUUGGGAAUGAGGAAACGGAGAACCUCAAGAGAGUAUUGAGCAUCAUCUUGGUCAAAGCCAAGUAUCCGGCCGAGUUUGACUUCGAGACCAAGGACGAUUUUGAGAGCCAGUUUCUGGCUUACAGGGGCGUACAGCUGGCCCUCUUCCUCUUGCACGCCAUGGUGGAGACCAAGGCCAACCUGCCCGAGGCUACGCAGAAGACCUUGGAGGUGUUCUUUGCCCAGGCCGUUGCGGCGUUGGUGGCAUCGGCUGUGUUCAAGCACCCUCACAAGGCGGUGGUGCUGCAGGCGUUCGAGAACUUCGCGAGCUACGCGUCGUAUAUUCCCAACGAACAGGCGCUAAUGACCGGUAUCCUGGAUGCCUUCGUUACAUUCGGUUUGAGAAAUCAGGAUAAGUCGGUGAGGAAUAAGGUCUCCUCGCUCUUCAUGACAUUCAUUCGCAACAAGAAGUCGGAAAUGUAUCCCUACACGCAGCAUCUGCUCGCUGCCCUUAAGGACCUCUUGGCGAUCUCUCCGGAUGGCCCCAAGCUGAUCCCCUUCGAGUACCAGCUCUACCUCUUCGACGCCAUCGGUUCUCUCGUGGGAACGGGCUCUGAUCAAGACCAGAUCGCGUUCCUGGAGAUUCUGUUGAAGCCGCUGGUGGUGCAGGUCAAGGACAUCCUGGAAACGGGGCGCUACAAAGAGGACACGCCAACAAAUCCGUUCUGGACGAACCACUUGGUCCGACUAGUCAACACCAUGGGUUGCAUUAGCCGAGGCAUUCCCUGCGAAAAGGAGGAGAAGGCGGCCUAUUGGAGAGAAGCAAUGGACUCUGUGCUUCGCGUGCUGGCUGCCCUGCCGAACACCCCUGAAAUAUGGGACAAGAUGAUCUAUUUCAUUCACCAGAUGGUGACGGCGAUCAACUCGCAGCUCAUCCCGUUCAUUCCCCAAACCAUCACUCUUCUCCUGGCCAACGCCAAGGACCCCAAACAAUUCCUCGACUUCACGUCCCUGCUCAACCAGUGGGUGACCAAGUACAAGGACAAGAUAUUCCCCAUCCUCAACGAAUCCUUCCUAUUCGUGGCGCAAAAGAUCCUCGCCAUCACUAGCGUCAGUGUGACCCCUAACAGUGAUGAAGAGAGGGAAAUCCAAGCCCUCCGUAGGAUGUAUUAUGCCCUCGUGCGCUCUAUUCUUUGCAACAACCUGGCUGGCGUGCUCACCAGCGAGAAGAAUGCUCCCCAACUGCGCGGCAUCCUCGAAACAAUCCUCACUCCCAUCGUCGAAAGCAAGGACCUCAGGAUGGUGCAGUUGUGUCUGAGCGUGAUUCAAAAGACUGUCGAAGUGUGGGCCGGUACCGUACCUGGCUUCAAUCGUGUCGUGUGCGACGACAUCGCUCCCAUCGUAUUCCGAGCAUGUCUCAGGCCAGACGUCAGUCCGACCGAUAAGAUCGCCACCACGCUUAUCGCCGACCUCGCGGCCAUCCAGAAGACCAUGCUGCAGAAGUGCGGACAGGAAUUUGCCCAGUGUCUCGCCACCAAGCUCCUGCCCAUGUUGGGGUGCGACGCUGCGACGGCGCAGGCCUACAUGCAGCACCUGGAGAGUGCGCAGGCGGCCCAGUGGAAGGACUUCUUCAGGCAGUUCCUCCAGGCGGCCAAGACCAAAAAAUAA